AUAUAAGAAAAAAAGGAGGAAAAUAAAAGAAGAAAAAAGAGGAGGUCACCGGAAGCGCAUUCGUCCCCAAAUUAACAGACCGGCGGUCGGGUGGUGGGGAACUGCGACAACAACCGGUCCAGUUGUCGUAAUUCUUCUCCUCUCCUCUUUAGUCCUCAUCACCACCGCCUUCUCCACCCGCCGGCGCCACCGCGCGCGGAGCUUCAAUCCUUCGCCGGUCGGUCAUCUUGCCCUGCAAUAUCCUCAUGCACGCUUAGUCAAUCCCACAUAGUUUUCUCGUCGGCGAUGGAUCAAUUCCGGCGGAUUGGGGAAGUUCUCGGCAGCCUGCGUGCUCUGAUGGUCUUGCAGGACUCCAUCGACGUCAAUCCCCGGCAAUGCCGCCUGCUCGUCGACGCCUUCGACCUCGCCUUCCACGCCGUCGCCGACGCCCUCCGCACCCACUUGACCUUCGACCCUAGGCACACCCUUCGCUGGCGACCGCUCGAACACCCGCUCGCCGAGCUCCACCUCAUCUGCCUCGAGGGCGAGCACUACGUGCGGAGGUGCUUGGAGCCCAAGCCAAUAUGGUGGGGCAAAGUCCUCGCCCUCAGCCGCGAAGCCGACUGCGUCGAGUUCCACCUCCACAACCUGCUCUGGUGCCUCCCCGUCGUGCUCGAGGCCAUCGAGGCCAUCGCCGAGGGUGCCGUCGGCUUCGACGACGAGGCCACUCGCAAAAAUAGGGUUUUGGUUUCCAAGAAGUACGAGAAGGAGUGGAUGGAACCCAGGCUGUUCCAGCACAAGCUCGGGGAAUUGUACUUGUCCUCGAAGGAUUUCUGCGCCAGAUUGGACUCGGCUUCCAGGGAAGAUCAUUGGAUUCUCUCACAAAUCUUAAAUAACAGAAAGAUCUCACCUUUGGAUCCAUUGACAGACCAUGAGAAGAGCCUCCGUGAGCUCCUUAUUAGCCCCAAGUCCCAACUUUUUCCCAGCUCAGUUCUUGUUCAAUCUCCAGGUUACCAAGUUCGUAAAAGCAGCAGCAACUUCAUGGAAGUCCAGUGGAUGGGUGAAAGCUUCCUCGUCGAACAUCUCAUUGGAAGAACAAUUGAUGAGGCGUCGAUAGCAAAUGAGAUCUCUGCUCUCGCAUCCAUGGUUCAUCCAAAUGUGUCACAUUACAUGUACGUGCUUGCAGACCAAGAGAAGAAAGAGUGGUUCUUGGUGAUGGAAUGGAUGAGCAUGGAUCUCUCAAGCUACACCAAGAAUUUGUGCUCCACCAAGAACAAAGCCUCCUUUCCUUUGCUUGUGGCAGUGGACACGAUGCUUCAGAUUGCCAGAGGAAUGGAGUAUCUACACUCCAAGAAAUUGUUCCAUGGAGACUUGAACCCUUCCAACAUCCUUGUUAAGGCGAGGAGUUGCUCACCUGAUGGCUAUUUGCAUGUGAAAGUUGCUGGCUUUGCUAAGUGGUCGACUAAGAAUUCGAAGAGUUCAACAAGUGUAGAGGGUGAAACGGAUCCAUGUAUAUGGUAUGCCCCUGAGGUUCUACAAGAGCAAGAACAAGCACAGGAUGGGAGUACAAAUAAUAGUAAUAGUUGUAUCAAUGGUCGCUUAAGAUGCUCAGAGAAGGCAGAUAUCUAUAGCUUUGGAAUGAUUUGUUUCCAACUUCUAACAGGAAAAGUGCCCUUUGAGGAUGAACAUCGCCAAAAAGACAACACAAGCAAGAACAUAAGGGUGGGUGUGAGACCAUUGUUUCCAUCUCAAUCUCCUAAAUACUUGACAAACUUGACUAAAAAAUGUUGGCACUCUGACCCAAUGCAAAGGCCCAGCUUCUCCACCAUUUGCAGACUACUUCGGUACAUCAAGAGGUUUUUGGUUAUGAAUUCAGAGCACAUUCAACCACUAGUGGACUACUUCGAGCUCGAGAGUAGCAUGUGCAAGAGCUUCACCAGUUGGGUACAGAAAGAUGUGCUCGGGGCAUCAGAAGUUCCAUUUCAAAUGUUUGCUUACAGGGUUUUGGAAAGGGAGAAGACAAGUGCCAAUGUGAAGGGCACGAGCUGGGAUAUUGAAGGGGAUGAAACAUCGGUUUGGGGAGAGGAGAAACAAAAUACUGGGAUUCUAACUGAUGAUCCGUUAUUGUCGCCACAAGUUAACCAGGAUACAAGCAUGAAAUCAUCAGCAAAGAAAAUUCAUGGAAAGUUGAAGCAGCAAUUGUUCAGACUUGUGUCUCCAGGGCAGAAGAAGAACACAACAACAGUGAUCAAACCACCACAGUUAUCUGGACGCAGCUUCAGUGUGAACAAUGGAAACAGGUUUCAGCAGGUGAUGAUGAUCCCGGCGAGGAGGAGGUCGGGGCAUGUCUCAGAUUCUGAGCUAACAUAAGAAAACACAUUGAUGAUGAAACACAACACACUGAACAUUCACUAACUUCAAUUGUUGUCGUCCAUCAUUUUGUAUGUGAGCAACAAUUGCAUUCUUGGUUAUGAUUGAACUUGUCUGAACCGAAAUGCUUUAUUGUGAGAGUUGUGGUGGUGGUAUCAAGUUGCAACUGAUUGUGAUUUAUGUUCUUUGCCAACGGCAGUGUCAUUUCGAGCAGCAUUGUGAUAGAAAAUGAUUUUAGUUGAAAG